AUGGUUUCUGAAAAACGCGUUAUUUUAAUAACUGGUGGAAAUGGCUUUAUAGGAAGUCAUGUAGCGAAACGUUUACAUGAUCAAGGAUAUUACGUACGCGUAAUCGACUUACAUGAUGAUCCAACAUUUCGUCUUUAUAAAGAUACUUCUGAAUUCUGUUCAGAAUUUAUUGAAGGAGAUAUUCGUUCUAUUGAAACUUGUCGUAAAUUAUUUAAUAAAAAUGAUGUAAAAUGGGUAUUUCAUUUUGCAGCAAAUAUGGGAGGUGUCGGUGUUAUUAAUUCAAAAAAUAAUUUCGUCAUAUAUCAAGAAAAUCAUAUAAUGUCUUUAAAUAUUCUUCAAGUUUCAAUGCAAUCAAAUAUUGAAAAAUUCUUUUAUGCAUCGUCUGCUUGUGUAUAUCCUUAUAAUAAACAAAUUAAUUUAAAUGAGGAUAUAAAAUUAAAAGAAGAUGAUAGUACUUGGAAUUGUAAUAGUAUAGAUACGAAACCGCAAGAAUCCUAUGGUGCAGAAAAAUUGAAUACUGAAAUAUUUAUAUCUAGUUUAAGAGAACUCUCCACUUCAUCAGAAAAUAAAACUACUUCAAAAUUUCCUCAAUUCAAAAUUGCAAGAUUUCAUAAUGUUUAUGGGGAAGGUGGAACAUGGUAUGGUGGAAGAGAAAAGGCUCCAGCCGCUUUAUUAAGAAAAGCUAUUUGUGCUAGUAAAUAUACAAAAGAAAAUGUAAUUGAAAUUUGGGGUAACGGAAAACAAAGACGUAGUUUUUUAUAUAUAGCAGAUUGUGUUGAUGCUAUUAUUAAAUUUAUGAAAAGUGAUCUUGAUUUAACAUUAAAUAUUGGUUCGGAAGAAUCAAUUAGAAUUGAUGAACUAGCUUGUGUCGCGUUUGAAACGGUUGGUGUUACCCGUGAUAAAGUAACUUUGAAAUUUGAUGAAAGUAAACCUAUUGGUGUGAAUAAUAGAAAUUCUGAUAAUACGUUGGUCAGCAAAUAUCUUGAUUGGUAUCCAAAACAUACUAUUCGUGAAGGUAUGGAAAAAACGUCUUUGUGGAUCCAACAAGAACUCGAGAAACAACGUCAUCAAUAUAAAGAUGAUUCAUGGAACGAAUUAGUAAGGACCUAUCUUGAAAGUAAAGUAGACGUAUUAAAUUAUAACAAUGAGACUAUAACCUUUGGUGUUCUUUUACCAAUAACUUCUCGAGGGCUAACUAAACCUGAGGAUUGCCUCGAAAAUCUUUCAAACUUUGCAAAAAGUCUUUAUGAGACUUCCCAAGAAGAUAUUCAAGAUAGAUUUGGUGAAACAAGAUACCAAAUUAAAAUUUAUGUCGGAAUAGAUAAUGAUGAUUCUCUUUUUCAUCCGAUAAAAAAUAAUCCCGCAGAAAGAAUACUUAAUGAACAUGGAUUUACGGAUAUUCAUACAAUGGAAUUCGAUUUUCCUCCCGGUUCUAUAUGUGAAAUCUGGAUAGAAUUGGCUCGUAAGGCAUAUGACGAUAAUUGUGAUUAUUUUAUUUUAUUCGGUGAUGACGUAAUUAUCGAAACUAAUGGAUGGAUGAACAAAUUCCAUGAAGCUUAUCGUAAAAUUUCAAUUCAAAAAAAAGUUCCGCGUGGUUUCGGAUGUAUCACUUUUACUGAUACAUCAUUUCAUGGUUUUCCAACGUUUCCAGUAAUUGGUCGUGUACAUUUGGAUAUAUUUAAUGGAGAAGUUCUGCCACGAAAAACAUUUAAAAACCAAGAUGGAGAUCCCUACCUGUUUCAAACUUAUAGACGAUGGGGAUGUUCGAUGAUGUUGGAAGAUGUUGAAAUUCAAAAUGUUGUUGGUGGAAGUUUAGAUCCAAGAUAUGAAAGGACCCAUCAUCCAAAUUGGAGCUUUGAUAUCUUAAAUAACUCAGUUAAUAGAGUUGAAGAAUGGUUGAAAAAAAAUUGUAAAAAUCCUAUACCAAAAUUGCUCACACUUGAUGUCAUUGUACCAAGUUAUAGAGUUAAUUUAAAAUAUCUUGACCCAAUGAUUAGCCUAAAAAAACCUGUUACAAUGUCCACAACGACCAUCAUAAUAGUAGAUGAUCCGAAUUCAUCAAAUAUUAUUACUUUAAAAAAAUUCUAUGAAAAAGAUCCAUUCAUCAGAAUUCGAGUAAACAAAACAAACUUGGGGGCAAGUUUGUCACGAAAUCGUGGAUUACGUGAAUCCAAUGCUGAUUAUGUUCUAUUUUUUGAUGAUGAUGUAGUUCCAGAAAAAAAUAUCCUAUUUGAAUGUGAAAAAAUUAUCAAAAAGCAUCCUAAUGCAUGUGGGUUUAUUGGGAACACAAAAUUCCCACCAGCAGAUGGAAGCAUUUAUACAAGUGCAUUGGCUUUAUCAGGACUCACAUUUUUUUGGGGAAUUUCAGAACUCUGGGAUGACGAUGUACCUUGGGGAGUAACUGCCAAUUUACUCAUUAGACGAUUUAAUGAGAACAUACUUUAUGAUCCAGUAUUUCCUAAGACUGGUGGAGGAGAAGACAUUGAUUUUUGUUUGAAACAAAGAAAUUUUUUUAUUAAAAACACGAAAAAUGGGAAAGGAUUUCAAGCAGCACCAAAUGUUAUGGCAACUCAUCCUUGGUGGAAUAAUGGCAAUAGAGAUUACUGGAGAUUUUAUAAAUGGGCGACAGGAGAUGGUGCCUUGGUUAAAAUGUAUCCAGAAUUAACGUACAACGACAUUGUACCAAACAGCAUAGAAUUGUUAUUUGGAACAAUAUUAUUCUUUCUUGUUUCUAUGAUAUUUUCUUUAUUCUUUGCUGUAUUUUAUAAUACACCAAUUAUUAAUACCUUUACAAUUUUGACAUUUCUAUCCAUUCCACUUGUAAUUGUCUCGAGCAUUAUUGCUGAUAUGUAUUUACACUUAACUGAACAACCUUACAAGCAUACAUCCACAGUUGGUGGCUAUCGUUAUAUCUUAGCCAUGGUCGAAUCUUCACUUAUUCGUAUAAUGAGUGAAUUCGGUAGAUUGAUGGGAAUGAUCGAAAGAAACGAAUGGGGAUAUAUUGGGAAAAGAUUUGAUUGGUUUGUGAAAAGAAAGGAAGGAUCGGUAUGGACCGAAAGAUAUAAUAAUUUAAGGAAAUUUCUGAUUUGGAUGUCCGGACCUUUUGACAUUGGAAAUAUCGCAAAUUGUUAUAAACCCGAAUUAUAUUUUCGUUUAAUUUAUCCAAAUGGAACGGUUAAUUCUUUGAAUAUACCAGCGAAACAAAUUCCUAGAUUUAAUUUUUGUAAAGUGUUAAAUGAUAUCAUAUAUCAACCUAAUAUUAAAGUUUGGCCUUUUGAACCAAAUUUUGUUUAUGUUACUUAUCUUAAUUCAAGUGGUAUAGAUGCGUCUGUUUAUGGUCUUUUAAUUAAUUGGAGCGGUAAAAUUUUGAGUAAUUCAUUCAUAGAUAAAGCUACCAUUAAUUUAAAUGGAAUAGUUUUUCCGCCAGGUCCUUUAUAUUAUUCCAAAGGUAAUAAAAAUAAUGGAUUCUUGUACGUAAGAAAACAGAACACGAGUGAUAUUAUUUGGAGUCAUUAUGCUCUUCCUACAAUCCAAAGUAAACAAUCAAUUCAACUUUUACGCAAAGGAGUAAUUAAAGGAGAAAAAGCAAAAGAUGUUAAAUUUUUUGGAUUUUCACAAUUUGCGAAUGGAUUUUAUUUAAUUUUAGCAAGAUCAUAUGAUCAUCCGGAUGUAGCUUCAUUCGAUCUAGCAAAUAUUAAUUUACGUAUUGAUGCAUACUUUAUAAAUGCAAAUGGUAUUAAAGAACCAGUACCAAAUGUUAUUUAUCAAAGUCCUGUACGAAAUCUAAAUGUUACGGCAGUAACUUGUGGAAUAGAUUAUAAAGGUCACGGAAAUUCUUGUUUAUUUUAUCUUUCUAUAAAAGAAUCUUUGGAAAAUUUAUUUGGAGUAAGAAUUAAAUUUAGAUCUAAUGGAGCUACUACAAUGGUUAAAGAAGUGCCCGCAUUAGGGGUUACGGGAACACCUGAAUUGAAUCUUAAGUCAUUAGUCUCUGGAGGGUAUUUAUUUACUGUGCGUUAUAAUGAAAGAGAUAAGCAAUCAGUAUACGGAUAUGUUCUUAACGCAACAGGAUAUAUCCAAGGAAAAUGGCCUUUACCACAACCAAUCAGUACUACAGCAAGAGGUCAAGUCUUUGAUAUCCUUCCUAAUGGUACAAUCGUAGCAGUAACAAAACACGAUAAUAACAACUUUACAGUCAUGACAUCUGAUUUCCCUAAAUCUUUGAUCGAAGGCGAUGUUGGAUAUUUUAAUCCUUUAAUUAUUUCAACAUAUCCUUCUCUUAACGGUACAAUUCCACUAAAGGCAACCAAACUAAAUAUUACUUAUUCUGAACCUAUUGCUAUUUCUUCGCAAAAUAUUUCGAUUUAUCAAUAUUUUAGUGCAACAGGCUUUCAUUUAUUACGCCAAACAUAUCCUGCUUCCGUAGGAUUUACGAAACUGAGCAGUGAUAAUAAAACUCUUAUAAUUGGUGCAUUUGAUAGUACUUUUAAUAAACCUAAUUCGAGUUAUCAUAUUAUAGUCGAAUAUGAUGCAGUAAGGCUUAUGAAUAAUGGUGAACCUAUAUUAGGAAUUCAGGACAACGUUUGGAAUAUCACAACUGAGAAUAUGACAAUUGGUCCUAUCAUAGUAGGAGCAUCAGUGGUAGGGUUCGUUCGAUUAUCUCCAGAGGGCACAGAAAAAUUCAAUUCCCUUGAUGAGAAAGGAAAGCUUAAUUUUAUGAAUAAUUUAGGCAAAGAAUUAGCAUUUAUAGUUCCAAUUGAAGGAAAUCGUAUAGUACCAUUAAAUCGGUACCAAGAAGAUCAAAAAACAAAAGAAAAGAGGAUAUUGUUAGCAUAUAAAAUUGGACCGAUUAAUAACAAUACUACUAAUAUUACUGCAAUUGGUGAAAGUCCUGAAGGCAUAAUGAAUGAUUUGCAAGCUUUGAUAAGCCAUGGUGGACUAACUUUAGUAUCUAAAUUGGAACAUACUAAAAAUUUAGAUUAUAGUUAUGGAUUUGUUAGAAAACGUGACAUAUUCCGAGAUAAUAGAACUCAGAUAAUUCUAUUUGCCGUCUACCUCAUUGUUGUGCUUUUAUUAAUAUCAGUGGUCUACUGCUUAAACAGACGGGAAAAAAUUGAGACAAAAAUUGGUGUCGUUUUAAAAUUUAUUCUCGCACUUGUUACAUUCGUAUUCUACACUAUUCAUACUUAUGAAGAUGCCAAAGAUGUAGAAAGACUUGCUUUAGCAAGUGUAUUACUUUUAAUUCUUCCAUUUGUUAUAAAAUUAAGUUUGGGGUUAUUUAUAAUAAGUCGAGAAUCUAAAACAAAUCCUGCGUUUCAUGUUUGGUUAGAAAAACAUAGGAUGAUCACAUUCUUUUUUACAUUUUUAUCAGGUGUAGAUUUAGAUGCAAUAACGGUAUUGAGUUCAAAACUGGAAGAAUCACUUAAAGCUCCUUUAUCAGAAAAAGCAAAUAAGCAGAUUGAUGAUAUCGAACAUGUUGGAUUUUUCUUAAAAGACUUACCCCAAUUAGCGGUUCUUGUUUUAUAUUAUAUAAUGGCUUUAGAUUACGGAAUUGUUCCCUUUUUUGCCUUAGUUUCAUUAAUAAUUUUAAUAGUUUAUGUAAUUAUAUGGAGAUUAUGUGUAUGGUGUAUUAGGAGAAGGAAAGAUAGGAGACUUAAGUUAAGUAGAGUUUCAAGUGAUGAUUUAUUAAGAGAAUCGCCCAGUUCAUCCGGUUCGAGUUGGUGGAAAAAAUUAAGCCCCAGAUUUAUGACAGGGAAAGGUGAUUCAAGUGAUGAUUUAUUAAGAGAAUCGCCCAGUUCAUCCGGUUCGAGUUGGUGGAAGAAUAUAAUUAGUAAACCAGGUUCAUUGCUUGAGAAGCUCGGACUUGGUAGAUUAUCCAAAUUAUUUCGUAGAAAACAUACUGUUGCUACUACUAUAGUUGAUGAAUCAGGACAUGUAAUAGGAGAAUUAUCAAAAACAACAACAAAAACUCCACACGAACAAAUGACGAUAAGUCCUCAACACGGAGGCGCAUCAACUUCUCAACGCGGAGGCAUGACAACAACAAGUUCUCAACGCGGAGGCUUGAAAGGUCCUCAACGUAUCAUUCAUAAGGAUGGAGGCUCUGAAACUCAAACUAUUAUUCAAGGUGAAGGAACAGAAGGAGAUGAAGAAUUUAAACAGCAAAUUGUAGAAGAAGAAAAAGAAAAAAAUGAUAAAUGA